UGCCUCAAUAAGUGCCUCUCUUAAAGUCGCGCGCUGUCUUUUAGCGACUGUAAGCUUAGAACGAUGCAGUGUAUCUACGUCAUUUUUUUAAUCGGACAUGCCACAGGAACGUUUGACUACAGCGGAAGGGCCACGUUGGAUGAUGUUAAGACUUUUUUCAACACCGCGGAAAAGAUCCUUCUGCUCCGAAGGAGCUAUUCUCGUAAGAUUGACAACUAUGAUCCGAAAUGCAUAUACAGCAGGAAAACUACUGUGUCGGAGGACGUCAUUGCACUGAUCGAACAUUUUGAUUAUGGCGACCGGCGUAGCAAACUUCAUUGCACUGCGUACCGUGUUUAUAUGAAGAUGUCAAAGGAGGAAGGAAUGGACGUCGCGCCACUCCUGAAUGCGGCAAAAGUUGAAGUACCGUGGUGUCCUUUUACUGCGCUAGAGGCAACUUCAGGAACCAAAACUCAUACGCAAGGGUACAAGGAUGGGAGAAAUUACACUUUCCAAUACUUUGACUCCGCAGACAAAUGCGCUGUGAUAACCUUCUCAGACAAAGAAUGUGACACAAAAUGCGAAUUGCACGUUUGGGAAAGUUUCCGUUAUAAGGUAAUGACGAAUUGCAUCAGAGAAUAUGAACAGUUGUGCAGUCAUCGCACUAAUUAUACUCCUUAUGAACCUGAUAUUUGCACUUGGGAGGAUAGCCAUUAUGAAAAGACAUAUGUAUUCAUUCCUCAUAAAGGCUCUCCGAAAUGAUGCGAACAUUUGUUGUACAACUGGAAUAUUCAGCGAGCAUAGCAUCGUUUCCUUUUCUGCGAACAGUAUUUUGUAGAGCUGAAUAAAACUU